GCCUGGCUGAUGCUAAGUGGAUCUUUUAGCAUCUCUCCCUGGAAGGAGGCAAGUGAGAGGCUGGGAGCGGCUGGACCACGAACUGGGCUUGCAAGGGUUUGCAAGGAGGACCUCCUCUGUUGGACAGAAUCCCCGCCGACCUACGCAUUCUACAGGAGGCCUAGAACGUUGCGCAUCAUGACUCUAGCUGCAUACAAAGAAAAAAUGAAGGAGCUCCCCCUGGUGUCUCUCUUCUGCUCAUGCUUCCUCUCAGACCACUUAAACAAACCGUCUUACAAAUAUGAAGUAGACACGGUAGACCUCACCUGGUGCGUCAUUUCUGACAUGGAGGUCAUCGAACUCAACAAGCGUACCUCGGGACAGUCUUUUGAAGUCAUCCUCAAGCCGCCAUCCUUUGAUGGAAUCCCUGAAUUCAAUGCCUCCCUGCCCCGACGACGUGACCCUUCACUGGAGGAGAUCCAGAAGAAGUUGGAGGCUGCUGAGGAGCGGCGUAAGUACCAGGAAGCUGAGCUCCUAAAGCAGCUGGCGGGAAAGCGGGAGCAUGAACGGGAAGUCAUCCAGAAAGCCGUUGAAGAGAACAACAAUUUCAUCAAGAUGGCCAAGGAGAGGCUGAUCCAGAAAAUGGAAUCCAACAAAGAGAACCGAGAGGCCCAUUUAGCUGCCAUGUUGGAACGCCUGCAGGAGAAGGACAAACAUGCUGAGGAGGUUCGAAAGAACAAGGAGCUAAAGGAAGAAGCCUCGAGGUAAAGAGGCUCCUGGGAACAGUGACAGUUUGGACUGACAGCUCCAAGGAAGGACGGCGGCAGGCAGCGGUCAUGGCGGCAGCUACCUCAGCGCAAAAGUGUUGACUGACAAAUCGGGAUUGUCCUCUGCUUUCGUUGUUUGUGAAUGUAAAGAAAUUGAUUGGUGAAGCCAUCUUGUGUGUUUCAGGGAGGGAGGGAGGCAUAAGGGGAAGCGAAAGCUGAAAGAAGCGUGAGCAUUUGGGGGAGGGAUAAUGGGUGGGGGGGAUGAGUAGACACGCCCAAAAUGGCAGCAAAGUUUUAAACCAAGUUCUGUCAUUUCCCCCCACACAUACAGGUAGUGUCUGAUAAGGAACCCAAACUAACAUAGGGGUGGUGGGAAUGUGUCAAGGCAGGGGUGGGAGUGGACAGGUGUGUAAACUAAACUUGGUGAUAAGCCAGGAGACAAAGGUGGAAGGAAAGUCACCUCUGGGGUGAGUGUUGUCUUGUAUGUUGUUGCCAUUAAUGUCAGUCACUGGUGUAAAAAAAAAUCCUCGUUUAUGUGCCUCCUUCAUAAUUGUUCCUCUCAUCUUUAACCCCCAGGUACUUUCAGCCUGGUGUUGCUCAACCUGAAGCGGUUGGUUGUGGUGAUUUUGAACCCACAGUUCCUUUGUUUCAAAGAUGAUAAUAAAUAACUUUUGCCAGAGAGUCAGUAUUGUCAGAUAUGAGCCAAUCCUGCCCUCUUGAAAUCAAAGCCAGGAUGGUGAAUUCCCUAAAUACUGUCGAUAUAGCACAAUCUUGUUAAGUUAUAGUCAAAUCUGAAAACCCUUGAUAUAUACAAUUUUAUAUAAAAUUCCUUAUGGCAGUAAACGGAGCUGGUGCAGAUGGGUUACCGCCCCCAAAAGGCCAUAUCACCUUGUGAUAAAACAAAUACAAAAAUGAAUUCUAAACAUGGGAAGAACUCAGUUUAUCGGUGCACCUGACUUCAGGUUAGAAAGCCACCAACGCUAAGAAUUUGAGUAAAAGCUUUCCUAAGCAACUCCGCAGAAUUUGCCUAAAUCCAGAUUGAUAUUCUUUCUCCUGUUUAGAAUUCUCCUUCUUAUAACAUCCCCAUCUAAAAAGAAUGUUAGACUCUUAGAAAGAGGGGGAAAGACCUGCAUGUAAAAUAUUAGAUUUGGCAAGAUCAAAUUUAACAAAUUUACUUAAACAUUUGUCAUGCCGAACUAGAUGUUGCAUGUGAGUAUAUGCUUUUAAAUCCCAAUAGUGCUUUGUUUAUGGGGGGACACAAACUUUUAGGAGGAUGUUAUUUAGAGCAGACAGGCAAUAGCAAGUGGCAGAAGCAUCAGUCUCUUUCUUUGCCUGUCAUCUUGCUCUAAAUCCCCUGGCACACUUCAUUUCUUCAUCCUGUGAGAGUUCUGGAUAUGCAUGUGCCCUCUUGCAGAGGACGCCCAGGGAACAACCCUUGUGUAUGUAUGGUUCUGUGCUAGGCAAAUACGAUAUUCUGAUAGGGUCAACACUCUCCAAAACAUUGCUCAGGAUUUCCAGGUAAAACUUGUGGGUUCACAGACUGUGAGAUUGAUUGCCACCCCACAUGACUGUUUAGUCAUUAAUGCUGUCUGGUCAGCCCUGGCCUUGCAGGUCUCGACUUCAGCAGCAGUCCAUGCAACCAAUAAGAACAAUUGUGAGCCAAUGGAAUUUGUGGCUAGAUUUCAACUUUGAAGGUCAUGCCCCAGGACACUCUUGGAGUCUUCUUCUGCAAGGGGCCACUGUCAAGAUCUUCCAGCCAUGUAUGCCUAUAUCAAACAUGUAUUUUAUCAAAGCUGUGCAUGAUGUGAAAAUGACAUCUUCUCUGCCAUCUCUAAGGAUCCAGGGAUGUACUUUUCUGAUCAUGCAGCGCAGCUAUUUGGGAUGGCAAAAUGUCUUGCGUAGCUCAGCUUUGAGGCUGAUGAAAUAACCUUCAGAAAUGCCUGAGAGAAUGUGCAGUGUGCCUCUUUCUUGCAGAAAACACAAAUGAUUCCAAACAAUAAAAUGAUAAUCUAAUUAAGGUUGAAAUGCCUUCUCUGAAUUCUACAAAACAAAAACAUUUUCAGUAGUAAUAGGUAAAAUGGGUAACUCAACAAAUGAGGUUCAGCCACAUAUUUCAGAAGGCACAUAUGAAUGUUUCAUUAUGAUAUCUGCAUACAUGGCAAGCUAGCCACAGUUCUAGCUGUGCACGAUAAACAUGUGGUUGCUAAUAAAUUCUUAAGGCAAAAAUUGUAUGGACAUGUUAAAAUCCCAGCAAGACCUUCAACUUGGAUGGAUGAAAUUACAGGAUUCCGGGGGGCGGGGGUGGGGGAGGGUAUCAUUGCAGUCAAGAUAUCUCAAGCUGGAAACACAAGUAAAGAUCAGCAAGCAGCAAGGCCCAGAGGCAUGUGGUGGGGAUGUUGGGCUAGAGUGGGUGACUAGAAAGCACAAUGUGGGGCUUUUCAGCUGUUAGAGGGGAGAGGUGCCAUUCCCAGCUUCCUGCUGCAGAGUUCUGUCAUGCUCAGUAUUGACUGGAAAUCACACCGGGCCCUUUGGCUCCCCUACUUCCUGAGGAGGCAUUGAAGCCAUUGAUUGGGGAAGGAGCGGCAAAGCAAAACAGCUUCUCCAGAGAUUGCUAUGAUGAGGGUCAUUCAUCACGGGCUGGUUCCUUCUUGACAUGGAAAUGCUGAGGAAUCCGGGUAAACAACAGGAAGGGGGAAGGGAAGGGAAAAGAACACCUUUGUAGCUGUUCCGGCUGUGGCAAUAAGCUGUCUUUUUUUUGUAUCUGAUGGAUGUAAAUAAAACUGCCAGCAUUCUUUUUCUUUCUGACAA